AUUCUUAAAAGAUUAUGCCAAAAGUUUGCAUCAGUUUCCUUCGCCUGGUGUUUGGACCAUGAUUGAAUUUUUCGGCAUCGUUUUAAUUUCGCGGAUCGUUUAUUGCAGCUGAAAUUGAAAACUAAUCUCCUUUGAAAGCGUUUCCUUAUCGGUAAUGAAUUCGAAAAGUUUUCUAUCAAAGUAAUUAGGAUCAAGUCACACAAAGCUGCUUUGAAAAUCUCCAAGCCGAAUUCAGAAGAUGGUGACGAGCAGGAAGAAUUGCUGCCGACUGUGCCUGGCACCGGAAGAAGAAUGUAUUCCAGUUUUCUCCAACUUUGCGGCAGAUCGUCAACGUUUGGACCAGAAAAUCUUCGCUUGCGUUCAAAUUAAGGUCCUGCAUGAAGACGAUUUAUCAUCAAAGGUUUGCCAUGCUUGUAUAAGCUAUUUAAAUUCCUGGCAGAGCUUCAAAAAUCGUUGUGAUGCUGCGGAGAAGCGCCAGAAAAGCUGGAUUGAAAUCGACCGAGUGGCUGGUAGCGUUGCCGUUGAUCGGAAUGCCGUUAUCCAGCAUGUCAAGGAGCUCUGCCCAGGAGUAACCAUAGAAAGUAUUCCCCAAAAGAUACAACCGCGUCCCACGGAGACAGUAGAUGACAUACAAACAAGACACGAGAAAUUGCAAGAACAGCUUAAAAAGACGGGAGUUCAGAUCAGCAGCACUUCGGUUAACGUUAAUUUAAGCUCAGUUAAGGAAGAACCCAAGGAGCAAGAUGAUGAUAAUGAUGAACGGAAUGUUGUUAUGGAAUUGGAUCCUUCCCAGUUUUUAAUCCAAUCGCAUAAUGAGGCAGACUUCGAUGAUGAUUACGAUGAGGGCGAUUGUGGUGGGCCACCUCUUUUGGAAUCUUUGGGAUUACAUCACACACACAAUAAUGAUGGUGUGGGAAGCCAUCCUUCCGACAAUGAAACAGGCGAGGAUUACGAAGGCGACAACAUGCUACGUCCAAUGCUAGCAGCAUGUUCCGUAUGUGAAAUGACCUUCUCGAACCGAGCUAAUGCACGUCGCCAUGAACGGAAUAUUCAUGGGUUAAAACAGAAUAUAGUGAACCCAUUAGCGGCGCAAGUGCCGCCGGGAAUUUCCGAAUAUGCCGAACACCCCAAAACGUGCGAUAAUACUCCAAUCAUAUCUACAUCAACCGGCAUUCCCAGUAUUGAUUUGAAGGCCAAAUUCCGGAUGAAGUUAAAGGCGGACAGGGAAACGUACGAUUACAGAAACCCAUCCAAAUAUCGACAUUUGGUGACUCCCAACAGGUUGGCGUUUAUAUUAAGGAAUCUCGAGUUCCUAGAGCAAGCCCAGGAAAUGAAAUGCAAAUGUUGCAACAAAAUUUACCCAUCCUAUAAGUACUUCAUGGGUCAUAUGCGCAAACGGUAUCCGAAUUUGCCUCGAAAUGUGUGCUUCAAAUGUUUGAGACAAUUCGGCAGCAAGGGCCAGUUCAUAGGUCAUUUGAAGCGCAAAAACUGCAUCAAUCUGUAUACGAUAGUAAUGGCCGAUGACAACAUUUCCAAAACACCUACCGUGGCCACAUCACUCGCCGAUGUCCCAGGCACUAACGAAGUGAUUGCAAACAAGAGCUACGGAUGCAAAUUGUGUAACAAGGAGUUCAAACCGAAAAUCAACUUUCGUCAACACGUGUUCGAGGCACACCCGGAGGUGCAGCGCAGCAAGGAAAGGCCGGACCCAUCGUGUGCGUUUUGCCAGAAGCGAUUCGAAGAUGCCGUCUUGCGUCGGAGACACUACAACAAUCUCGAAUGCAUCAUGUUCAUUGUGUGCUGUUCGUGUGGUGAGCGUUUCGAGGAGCAUACUGCAUAUGUCGAUCACGUGUAUCAGCACCAUUUGCCACCACAACAAACGGGACACGACGAGUAUGGUUAUGAGCUGUUCGAUCAGGAUGGUAAUUCUUCAUCGUCCCAAUUGCGAAAUCCACAAAAUUGCCCGGUUUGCAACAAACAAUACAAUAAUUAUUACAAUGUUCUACGCCAUAUGGAAUCUAAGCAUCCGAACCAGCUGCCGCAGAUCUAUCAGUGCAAUAAGUGUCCAGAAGGAUUUCCCAGGCAGUCUGAACUUAGGGAUCAUUUACAAACUGCUCACGGUGAAAACGCAAUAAAGAUGCAGAAACAACAACAACAACACGUGACUCAUUUUUCAUGUAAGGAUUGUGAACAAACAUUUGCGACCUUGACAGAAUGGCUUGAUCAUCAAAACGUUGCGCAUGCAAGAUUCAACUGUCUAAAGUGUGAUUUCAAAAGCGAAAACCGAGAAGCUUUCACCGUUCACUGCUUUAUGGAGCAUAGAAAUUUCAACACUAGUGCGUCAAAAGUUCAGUUGUAUUCAUGCCGGCAAUGUACGAAUACUUACAGUUCGAUAGAUAGUCUACAAGAGCAUAUUGAAUCCCAACAUAACUCGACGAAUGAUUCAACCAAAGCAAAUUCAGGCAUAAAUGGGAACAAAUCGACAACUGAUGCAGUUGAAAACGAUGGUACAGCGGAGAACAUAGUCAAGGCAACCGUUCCAAUUAUUAAAACACUCAACUGCGGCUUGUGCGGAUUUGUUUUGACUGAUUACGAAGCACUUAGACAGCACAUGAGUAAAAUCCACAGCAUGGAUAAAAAGUUUUAUUAUUGCAAUCAGUGCACGGCAAAGUUCAUGAAUGAUAAAGGUCUUCGAGUGCACUUAUUCCGAGCUCACGGUAUCCGGGACGAGUCAAUUCCUACUCCGGUGGUAAGUGCCGGGGCUUCAUUAUUGAAACCGAUUCAGCAACCGCCGGUGGCACUACCAAAUUCGAAUCUGAUUCCGACGAUAGUUGGCGAGCCAGAACCGAGUGAGUCUGACAUGAAGGACUCGUUGGAAUGUAAUGUUUGCCAUAUAGUGUACAGGAGUGGUGAACAAUUGAAAAAUCACAUGCAAAGUGUUCAUUGGACAUUUGAAAAGGAUCACGCCGAUGCUGAGGAUAACACACCACAGGAUACUUUAUCAAUGUAUGCUGCCCAACAGCCACAUCUUUGGUUUCAGUGUCGAUACUGUGCAGAAAGUUUCAAUACUAGUAAAAGACUGACAAUUCACAUGAAUACCCAUGAGGAACAUGACCGAAGCGAUCACUCUUGUAAAGAUUGCGGUGGUAUCUAUAGUACAAAGAAAUCCCUCUGGGUUCACCGUUACAAGAAACAUCCGAAAAUACCGGACGCAUCGCCUUGUGAACUUUGCCCGCGAGUAUUCUUCGACAAAACGGAACUGAUGUACCACACAACGCAGGCACAUGCGGGUAGCAGCAACAACAUAAUUAACGGUGACAGAAACGGCGAGCAGUUUAACGAUAUGCAGUGCGCCAGCGAUGCACUGUUUUCAAUGUUGGACACAUCCGGCAGUAUCGGCAAUGAGAACACACGACAAACGGGCCGUAAACCAGACGAUACCAUUUAUCAAUGCGAUAUGUGCCCAAAAACAUUUCACAUCUUGAAUGCCCUGCAGGUGCACAGAGGCUGGCACUUCAGGUCGCCCGACGGACGAAAAGUUCGCGAUCCAAAUGAUAUUUGGCAGCCUGACCAAUUACCGCCGAGCAAGAUGAAAAGGAUGUCCCAUACCCAUCGGGGACCAUCGAAUGUUGUGUCGGGUCCAGUUACUAGCGGAACAUCUACGGAUAAAAGUCCACCGACAUGUCCAUAUUGCUAUUCCACGUUUGCCAGUGGGAACAAUUUGAAGCGUCACAUCGUAGAGGUGCACAAGCGAAGUGAAUCGAAACAAUCAGUCCAGCAAAGUAGUCCCAGUAUUUCGGCUGAAAUAGUGUCACCGAACUUCAUUGAGAAGUUUCGCGAGUGCACUGCAUGCUCGUUGAAGUUCAGCACCGUACCAGAAUGGAUAGAUCAUAAGCUAAGCCACGCCCGCGUACAGAAACCGUCAGAGAUGUUUGAAUGGUGUUGUGAAAUUUGUGGGAAAGCGUUCACCAGAAAAGAACGUUUGCUUCAGCAUAUUAUUUCUCAUUUGAAUGUGAAGGAACAUGAAGGCGAGGGUUCGGAGAGUGUGGCCGCCUUAAAUAAGAUACAUCAUGUAGACGGCGAAACAGAUAAUUCUGUCUAUAGAUCACAACAAGUAACCUCAUCUGUUGAAAUAAAAACGGAAGACGAUGAGAAUGACGAUAGUGAUGAUGAAGACGACGAACACGUUAUUGAGACCGAUUUUGUAGAUAAUGGUGAUGGAGAAGAUGGUGGUGACGAUGAAGAUGGCAGCAAUGGCUCAAAUAAUGAGGAUGAGUCAGAGAAUGAAGAUGACACUGCCGAGGCGAAAAAAGCAAAGCAAUACUGUUGUGAACUGUGCCAAGCACCGUUUGACUCUGCAGAGUUGCUUCGCAAGCAUGUGUUGGAGCAUUUCCUUAUUGGAGGACUAGGUAGUAACAUUCAGCUAUCCACUAGAACAUCUACGGAUUCCACUAGUUCUAGUAACAGUAGUAGUAGUGGUAGUUCAAGCAGUAAACAACAAAGCAGCAGUGAUGUUGUGGACUCAACGGAGGUUAAACAAGAACCAACUCGAUAAAUUAUUGCUUUUUAUCGCAAUCCAGUAGAUGUAUUGCAUUAGCGAAAGGUAAGUUAUUUUCGAAUUGACACGACAUGACAAAUUGCUACGUAAUGAGAUAAGUGUUUUCCUCGAUUAGUGUUGGUGCUUCUCGCAGUAAGCAUUAAUACUUCAAUAUCUAAUCAAUUACUAAUGAGAACCGCAUUUAACUUCUUGCAGACUGUAAUAACUAGUAGUAUUGAUCAAUAUUGUAUUUUACUCAAUAAAUAUUAAUAGAAAACA